UUGACUACGUCACCACAUACACUUCCGGUCUGGGCGGAAGACAACAGUGGACUCACUGGGCUUCUAUGUGAAUGUCAGAAUAGCCUAACACAAGCUCGUAUUCUUGUUUUGGGCGCUUCGAGGGAACAAAGACGACCACGUCGACAUGUUUUCCUUCCACGUCUUCGACCACCCGAUGUCCCGUGGCUUCCAGAACCGCUUUUCCACUCAGUACCGAUGCUAUUCUGUGUCGAUGCUGGCCGGUCCGAAUGACCGCUCCGACGUGGAGAAAGGAGGCAAAAUCAUAAUGCCACCUUCAGCGCUUGACCAGCUCAGCAGACUUAAUAUCACCUAUCCGAUGCUGUUCAAGCUGACUAACAAGAACUCAGACCGAAUGACGCACUGCGGCGUUCUCGAGUUUGUGGCAGAUGAGGGAAUCUGCUACCUGCCGCACUGGAUGAUGCAGAAUCUGCUGCUGGAGGAAGGUGGUCUGGUCCAGGUUGAGAGCGUUAACCUCAUGGUGGCCACCUACUCCAAGUUCCAGCCGCAGAGUCCUGACUUUUUGGACAUUACGAACCCCAAAGCAGUGCUGGAGAAUGCGUUGAGGAACUUUGCCUGCUUGACCACUGGUGAUGUCAUAGCCAUAAACUAUAAUGAAAAGAUUUAUGAGCUGCGAGUUAUGGAGACCAAACCAGACAGAGCGGUAUCCAUUAUUGAGUGUGACAUGAAUGUGGAUUUUGAUGCUCCGCUGGGAUACAAGGAGCCUGAACGCCGGUCUCACCAUCAGGAAGAACCGACCGAGGAGGAGGCAGAUCCAAGCACUUACGCCGAUAUGGACACACGAUUCAGAGCCUUCACUGGGUCUGGCAAUCGCUUGGAUGGUAAAACCAAAGGGAUCGAGCCCAGCCCUGCUCCUCUGGGCCCCAGCGACAUUAUAAGAGGUAUCCCCAACUACGAGUUCAAAAUUGGUCGAGUCACGUUCAUCCGAAACUCAAGGCCACUUCCGAGGAGAAUGCUUGAGGAUGAUGACGCAUUGAACAGAUUCAUCGCCUUCUCUGGAGAAGGACAAUCAUUACGCAAGAAGGGCAGAAAGCCGUGAUGGGUUCCAGCAAAGAAGCGACUUGUUGGCUCAUGUGCACAAACACACACAAACACACGCACACAACACGUAUUGUCACCUACACUUGCAAAGUGAAAUCCUUCUUUCAGGUGCACUGGGACGUUGACGUCUCAGACCCUUUGAAAUUGCAGUUGUGCUGUGGAGGUGGGCUUGUACUUGAUUACAACUGGGGCAGUCCCUUUUUUUGUUCAGUUUGAAGCUAAGAUCCAUAAAAUGCUGCCAGCAGUGAUUUUUGUGCUCCCAAAUGUUUUAGUGGCUGGUUUGAAAUCUUUUACAGAAACAUGACCAAGAAUCACUUUUGAAGCAUCUCUAUUUGAAUUGAAUUGAAUGUUACGUUUGCCUGUUUUUUUUUUUUGUCCCAUCCCUCCCCCCCCAAUUAUUGUUGAAUAUUUGCAGUCCACUUAAUACAUACUGCUAUCCCAUGAUGGCACAUUAUUGUGACAAAAUGGGUGCAAUAUUUUUUGAACUUUUUAAUAAUGACAAAUGUGUUUGAAUUUUUCCUGAGUUAUUUUAGGGAUCUACAAGUGUUUUUUUCUUCUUCUUUAUUUAUAGAUAAAUAAAGGAUUGUUAAAAGUA